AUGCUACUCCCGACGCUGGUGACGUGCCUCGCCGGGUGCGCCUUUCUCCUCUCGCCGGUCAUUGAGGGCUGUGGACCGGGUCGAGGUUAUGGCAAGAGGCGGCCGCAGAGGAAGCUGGUGCCGCUGGCUUACAAGCAGUUCAGCCCCAACGUGGCCGAGAAGACGUUAGGGGCCAGCGGGAGAUACGAGGGGAAAAUCACGCGGAACUCCGAGCGCUUCAAGGAGCUCACCCCGAACUACAACCCCGACAUCAUCUUCAAGGAUGAGGAGAACACAGGUGCAGACCGCAUGAUGACACAGCGCUGCAAAGACAAGCUCAACUCUCUGGCCAUCUCGGUGAUGAACCUCUGGCCCGGGGUCCGCCUGCGGGUCACCGAGGGCUGGGACGAGGACGGCCACCACUCGGAGGAGUCGCUGCACUACGAGGGCCGAGCGGUUGACAUCACCACCUCGGACCGGGACAGGAACAAGUACGCCAUGCUGGCGCGGCUGGCAGUGGAGGCCGGGUUCGACUGGGUCUACUACGAGUCCAAGGCCCACAUCCACUGCAGCGUCAAGUCAGAUCACUCAGUGGCCGCCAAGUCUGGAGGUUGUUUCCCCGGCGAGGCUUUGGUCACGUUGGAGAGCGGCGGUCAGAAGCCCAUCAGUGAUCUGCAGCCUGGUGAACGGGUCCUGGCCUCGUCGGGCAGCGACGGCAGCGGCGAGCUGGUUUACAGCGAAGUCCUGACCUUCCUGGACCGUGACCCUGUGACCCGGAAACUUUUCUACACUCUGCAGACUGAAUCCAGGACGCAGCUCUCUCUCACCGCCGCCCACCUAAUAUUUGUAUCUGAGGGGAACUGCUCAGAGGGGGCUGUGCCGGCCCCUGGCACCCUCAGGACUGUGUACGCCAGCGAUGCCAGGCCGGGGCAGUGUGUGCUGGUGUCAGAGGGCAAACCGGGGCAGAAUCACAGAGAGGGACGUCUGUCUGGGAUCACGCAGGUCACCCUGAGAGAGAAGAGGGGCGUGUUUGCUCCGCUGACCCAGCAUGGGACAGUGGUGGUGGACGGGGUGGUCGCAUCCUGCUACGCCAUGGUGGACCAACACUGCCUGGCUCACUGGGCCUUCUCCCCGCUCAGGCUCAUGCACAGCUGGGCCGGCACCACUGGACCUCACGGUGAUGGGAUCCACUGGUUCUCUCAGCUUUUACACUGGCUUGGGAGGCUGCUGCUAGACUCUGGUCGCUUCCACCCGCUGGGCGUGGCCCAGGACGGCAGGUGAAGGAGGAAGCAAAGGUUCAAACCAACAGAAAGGAACCUGAACUCCUUCACCUUGUGGAGGACAUGGACCCCAAAUACAAACCUGUAAAGCUGAACAGGAACCACGACCAACUACCUACAGGAUGGGAGAAGUUUGGGUUCCUGCUGAGGCAUGAUGGGGAAACAGAGGUAUAAGAAUAUGAGAUCACUCAGAGUCUGAAUGACCUCAAAACACGGGGGUAUUGACUUUGUAUCCUUGAAACACUAUGGAACAAUAAUCCUGUCAUUAAUCCUUAAUUUACCCCAGAAAACACACUAAGCACCUUAUCUUAAGUAGAGAUUGCUUGAAUUUGAAAAACUAAACACAUUAAAGGUUUGGAUUGUGUCUAAGGUAUUUUCAGGUUCAAAUAAAUUACAUUUUGAGGGAUUCAGCAUAAGGGAUUCUUAGGUAAAUUAAUGGUCUGUACA